AUGGCGAAGGUUCCCGGUUCCACCACAGAGCCUGUCGAUGCCGAUUCGGCUGCCGCAAGGGCCACGGCAAAGUUGACGGAGCGCUACGCAGAUGAAAGCUACAAACUGUUCCUAAACACCAAAGUCGAUGACCCAACGCCAGAAGAGGCGAAGAAGAUUCGAAACAAAUGUGUUACUUGGAUUCUGUCAUUUCUUUGCAUCGGAUACCACUUGAUGUAUGUGGAUAAACAGACAUUGGGAAGCUCCGCCAUCCUCGGAAUUAUGGAAGAUGCAAAUCUAAACUCAAAUCAGUACAACUGGCUAUCUUCGAUAUUCUAUUUGGGUUACCUUCUGGCUGAGUGGCCACAAAAUUGGGCUUUGCAGAGAUUUCCCGUCGCGAAGUAUCUAUCCAUCAACCUAGUUGUCUGGGGAUGCAUUCUUCUUCUGCACAUACCAUGCAAAAACUUCGCCAGCCUCUUCGUUGUUCGCUUCUUCCUCGGUGUCGCGGAAGCCAGCAUCGUACCCGCAUUCCUACUAAUUCUUUCCAUGUUCUUCACAUACGAUGAGCAGGCAGUACUGAUGCCAUGCAUGUGGGCAAUUGGAAACUCUAGCCCCAUCACGUCGGGUCUGCUGUCGUAUGGUGUUCUAUUCAUCAAGACUGGAGACUUCAACCCGUGGAAAUGGUUCAUGGUCAUCACCGGAGGCCUGACGGUCGUUUAUGGCGGUCUGGUCUGGGUUUUCUUCCCGGACAGUCCGGUGACGGCGCACUUCCUGACCCCUCAAGAGCGGGCGCAGUCCAUCCUCCGCAUCAAAGACAACCACUCCGGCAUUGAGCAGAAGCACUUCAAGAAAUACCAAUUCAUCGAAGCGCUAACCGACCAGAAGACAUGGCUCUUCUUCCUGCACGCCUGGAGCCAAGAGAUGGCCAACGGCCUGACGAACCAGUACUCCCUCAUCAUCAAAUCCUUCGGCUUCACAACGCUACAAACCACCCUCCUCGGCUGCAUCAACGGCGUCACCGCAUUCAUCUCCCUCGCCACCGCCGCACUCAUCCUAUCGAAGACGCGCAACGCCCGCGCCUGGCUCUCCGUCGCCGCAUACAUCCCGCCCAUCAUCUCGUGCAUCCUCCUACUCACGCUACCGUGGUCGAACCGCUGGGGCCUGCUCGCAGCCAUCUGGAUCCGGGCGACGGGCGGGAUUCCCUACAGCGUGGUCAUGGUGUGGGCGGCGAACUGCUCGGCGGGCCACACCAAGAAGACGACCGUCAUCGCCAUGUACCACGUCGGCUACGGGCUGGGCAACAUCCUCAGCCCGCAGCUGUUCCAGCCGCAGUACAAGCCACGCUACCUCGUCACCUGGCACGUCAUCCUCUGGGUCGCCUGCGUCUUGCCAAUGUUCCUCGUGCUCUACCUGCGGUGGUAUCUGAAGACGGAGAAUAAGAGGCGGGAUGAGCUGGACAGGAGAGGAUUGGUGCACGAGGUUGGGGUGGUUGAGCGCGUGGAUGAUGACGGCGAUAGGAGGGAGGAGGUUGUCGAUGCGCGGCAGUUGGACUUGACGGAUAGGGAAAACUUGGCGUUGUAA